AUGGAUACCGGUCAGUUCGACGACGCUCCAAACCAGGAAGCGAUCGAGCAGCCCACUUCACAUCACCAGCAACACUCCGACCUGCAGGUUGCUCAGGACGAGGACACGCAACAAUCACAGCGCGAACGUCGUCAAGAGAUAUCUGACCUGCUCCGACCAUCAUCGGAUGGCGAAGCGUCAGAUGAUGAGGAAGAUGACUACAUCCAGGAAGAGGACGAGGAGGACUACGAGGACGACAUGACUGGCUACGGUGCCGUUGAGGAUGCCGAUUGGGAGCUGGCAAGAGGCGACUUUACCAAACAGUUCAACCGAUCGCGUCAGCUCGCAACGGCUAUCAAGGCUUCUAGCGGCCCUGCCUCCGCAUCAAGGUCGAGCACGGGUGCAGCAGCAGCAGCUACUUCUGCCACUCCUCUUCCUGCCAUGAACCGUCGACGUCGACCACCACCAGCCGCAGCAUCCUCGUCCGCCUCCAGCAAGCAUUCUGCCGCUGCUGCCGGAGCUGCCGCCACCGCAGGUCCAUCCACCGGCCAAACCCACACCGCUUCUCAGAUGGAGUCGCUCUCCAAGUUCGCCUCCCGCGUUCGCGUCCAAGACAUGUACGACCCAUCCUCGGCCAUCGGUGGAGGCGUCAACUCCACCGUCCCUCGAAAAGCCCUCGGUGGACGAGACGCCGUUCGAAUCAAAGACAAAGCCGACCGCGCCACCGUCGAAGGCGUUCUCGAUCCACGCACCAUGCUCAUCCUCUACAAGAUGGUCAACCGCGGUCUGCUCGAAUCCGUCAACGGAUGCAUCAGCACCGGCAAAGAGGCCAACGUCUACCACGCCACCACCGCCGCCACCGCCGAAUCUCCAUCCGAAAAGGGCAGCCUCGCACUCAAGAUCUACAAAACCUCCAUCCUCGUCUUCAAGGACCGCGAUCGUUACGUCAGCGGAGAAUUCCGUUUCCGCCACGGCUACGCCAAGCACAACCCACGCAAGAUGGUGCGUCUGUGGGCAGAAAAGGAAGCACGAAACCUCAAACGAAUGGUGUCUGCCGGGUUGCGAGCGCCGAUCCCCGUCGAAUUGCGAGAUCACGUCUUGGUGAUGCAGUUCCUCGGCGAUUCCGAGGGUUGGGCUAGUCCACGCCUCAAGGAUGCCGACGAGAUGAUCGGUCAGGAUCCGCAGGAAUGGGCGAGGCUGUAUCGGGAGCUGUUGGCGAGCGUGAGGAUCAUGUACCACGAAUGUAGGUUGGUACAUGCGGAUCUGUCCGAGUACAACAUACUGUAUCACGAGGGACAUCUGUGGAUCAUCGAUGUCAGUCAGUCGGUGGAGCACGAUCAUCCGAGAGCGUACGAUUUCCUCCGGGCGGAUAUCGGACAUGUUGACGAGUACUUUGCGAAGAGGGGUGUGCAGACGUUGGGGUUGAGAAGGACGUUCGAGUUUGUCGUCGGCGCACCGAAGGGCGAGGUGGCGAGGAAGGGAGGAAGGGCAGGAUUGGAGAAACAGGACGCUGAUUUCGAUGAGGGCAAACCGAAUCCGAAUGAGAGACACGAUGCAGAGCUCAAGCUGGAAGCGGACGCAGUGCCGGCUCCGGCUGCCAAGGACAAGGUCAUCGGUGGAGGCGCAUGGUACACCGGACUCAGCAACACCACCGCAAUCACCGGCGGUUCCGCUACAUCCAACGCCACCACUGCUGAAAGCGAGACUUCGCUCAUCGAGACGCUUUCACAGCUCAUGCAUCAGCUCUCUGUCGAACCCGAUCCCACUGCUGUCCCUGCCACAGCCACUGCGAACGGCGACAACGCCAGCUCUGCCGUCGACGCCAAGAACAACAACAAUGACGACGACGAAGUCUUCAAAGCGACUUACAUCCCCUUCUCCCUCCACGAGGUCGAAGAUCCCGAACGCGAGAUCGAGCUCCAGAAAACCCCCGCAAACCCCGUCACCACCCUCGACUCUGGACCGACGAAAGCUCCGCUAUCCACCCUCCUCCCCACCAACUCAACCUCGAUCGAUUCCGAGUCAGAUUCCUCGGGCUCCUCAGACCUCGACUCGGACUUCGACUCGGACUCGGAAGACACCCCCUCCCACCCGAAAGACAACAAACUCACAAAGGAACAAGCAAAAGCACUCAAGAAGGAAGCCAAACGCGAAACCAAAGCGGCCAACCGCGAAAAGCGUAAGACCAAGAUGCCCAAGGCGGAGAAGAAGCGCAGGAUGAAGCGAAACCACAAGUAA